AUGGCGUUGUCUAUGCUCAUUCGAUAUGCGGCCAAUGUCAUGGCAGAGGAUCCCAACCAAAUAGUUGAGCUGCUUGAAUGCUGGCCCAGGCAUAAGAGCGACAUGGCCAACUUUGAAGCGGGUUGUGUUCUCCGUGAAAUGAAGAAUGACGCACCCGCUCAACUGACCCAGUCGAUAGCUGGCAAGACUUGCAAUUUUCUAUUUAACCGCAGCGUUGCUACUACCUAUGACAUCACUACUACUCUGCUCCAGACUGGUCACGAAGCCUCUGUCGACUGUCUCAUCAAACAGAUGAUUACCAGCUUCAUGUCCGAAAUCCGCAAAUCAUUGUCGACGCGGUCCGCUCUCUUUGCCACGCAAUCCCUGCCAAGCACGCCGCUAUACCCAAUUUCCUUUCUGGUGUCCUUCGCGACGAGGGUGGCUAUGGUUUUAAACCGAGUGCAAGGAGUAAGCGCUGUCGCAUCGCCGCGAGGUCAUUGGGGAUUGCGAGUUUACAAAACUCUCUAUUCACAUCCUUUACUUGCUCGGUCUCAAGGGGCCCAAAGCUUCCCAACCCGCCAAAUUCAUUCGUUUCAUCUGCUAUCGCGUUGUCCUGGAAAUGCGGCCGUGCGAGCUGCCGCUGUGUCCAGCUUGGCCAAAUUUGGCCUCAAUUUCAACCGCGAGGCCCUUAACCAAAGUGUUGGUGUCCUUUCUAGACGAUGUCUUGACGACGUCGAUGAUGAAGUUCGCGACCGUGCUGCUAUGUACCUCAAGGUAUUCAGGAAGCAAACCCUUGCCGAACCACACGUGAAGGAUGAUCUCAUAUUGUCUUUGGCUGCUUUGGAGUCGAAGCAUGUUGCCUACGUCAAGGAUUCUGCUGCUUCUGCACAAGCGUUUGAAGUUUCUGGUACUCCUCAAGAUCAGCCAUGCUCAAACCGCCGCCGCCGAGGUUGCCCGACUCAGCUCAUUGCAUAA